AUGACAACCCCCUCUCCAGCUCUGACACCAAGGCAGUGCUACAAUGGGGCCACUUGGAACGGAGAAAAAUGUGCCUGUACCCAAGGCUACUUUGGUUACCAGUGUCAAUCCCUCUUGGACUACUUCUUCAUAGAAACCCCGAAAAAAAUCAAUGCCACUGUAGAACUGAGAGUGAAAGUAACUAACAGAAAUUUCACAGAAGACCUAAAUAACAUAUCCUCCUAUACAUACCAGAAUUUUGUUCAACUAUUCAAGAGUCAGAUGGAUAAAUCUUACAGGAGCAAAGACUUUCCACAAUACAGAGGCGUGAUCAUUAGGAAACUACUCAACGGCAGCGUCAUUGUGGAACAUGAAGUCGUCAUGGAGGCAGACUUCACUUCAGAGUUUCAGGAGCUGUUUGCAAACCUCACUAAGAUCAUAAAGGCCAAGGUUAUGAAUGAGACCAGAAAGCUACCCAGUGAUUAUGAAGCGUGCGAAAACAUCUCACGCCUGUGCUACAGUGAGAAGGACGCCUUCGUGAAUGAGACCGUGAAGCUCGGCUUUGACCUGCAAGAGCAAUGCACUCAGAAUGCUGCGAAGGAAUUCACCCAAUUCUACUAUGUGGAUGAUCUGGAUGGGAAGCUGGCCUGUGUGACCAAGUGCACCCAGGGGACGAAGUCGCAAAUGAACUGUCACCACGGCAGGUGCCAGCUUCAACAAAGUGGCCCCCAUUGCCUGUGCCUGAACUCGGACACGCACUGGCACUGGGGAGAAAGCUGCGAACUUAGCACCAGCAAGAGCAUGGUGUAUGGGAUCGUAGGGGCUGUGGUGGUGCUACUGGUGGUCUCGGUGGUGGUCCUGGCCAUCUUACUCAGCCAAUCCCAGAGAAAACUGCACAGAAGGCAAGAGAACAACCUGUCUCGAGACUGGCAAGAAGAAGAUGUCCCUGGCAAUUUCCAGAACACAGGCGUCUGGGAAGGUCAGAAUAUGCAGGGGGACACGUUUGGCCUUGAAAAUGUCUACAGACACUUCCAGCCUUCCCUGCAGAAUGUGGACCCCACCACAGAGCUCCACAUUCAGAGGCCCACGGUGGUGACAACUGCUCAGUGA